AUGGCUCUAUCUCUCGCUAAGACGGCCCUCUUCGGAAUCCUGACUGCUGGCCUGGCGGUGGAUGCUUGCCCAACCGCCGCCAAGCGCACCGGCACCUGCACUUCAAUCAACCAGCGAAAGGCAUGGCACAAUCUCACCAACGACGAGAAGACGUCGUUUAUCAAUGCCGAGCUCUGCAUCAUGAACUCGCCCACCCGGUCCGGAUGGAUCCCAGGCGCAAAGAACCUUUGGGAUGAGCUUCACUAUACUCACAUUUAUCAAGGCAAUUAUAUGCACUAUGUUGGACACUUUCUUCCCUGGCACAGAUGGUUUGUCCGUACCCACGAGAUUCUCCUGCAGGAGUGCGGCUAUGAGGGUGGUCACCCAUACUGGGACGAGCCCUAUGAUUUGGCCAAUGCCCCUUUGAACGAGUCGUCGAUUUUCGAUCCCGUUUACGGCUUCGGCGGCAAUGGUGCUGGAGGCGGCGGUGGUUGUAUCGAAGACGGCCCGUUUGCGAAUGUAACCCUCCACAUCAACAAGACCAGCACCGAGGCCAACUACUGCAUCAGCCGCAACCUGAACCAAGACGACCUCGACCAGGCCAACACGACCAACAUUGCCGAGUGCAUGGCCUACAGCAACUACACCACGGCCUGGGAGUGCUGGAACGGCUACCCGCACGGCGCUGGCCACGGUGCUGUCGGCGGUCUCAUGUCGGACCCCAUCGAGAGCAACGGCGAUCCCACCUUCUUUCUCCACCACGCUUGGCUAGACAAGAUGUGGGCAGAAUGGCAAACGGCAUGGGGCAACAACUACAGUGACAUCGGCGGUCCCAAUGUCCCUCCGGAGUACAUUAUCGAGAGCAGUGGCCUCGGAUUCCCCAGUGCCUCUAUCCUGGAUUACAACGGCGAUGGUCCCGAUAACCACACCAGUCUCAACCACGUGCUUUGGAUGGAUAACAUUGUCGACAACGUCACUAUCGCCGAUGUAAUGGAACUGGGAGGCUCAACAAUUUGUGCCGAAUAUAUUUGA